AAGAUAAUAAGAAAGAAGAGUAUAACGAAGUUGUAUAUGAAGAAGAAGAGGAGGAAGAAGAUGAAGAUGAAGAUGAAGAAGAGGAAGAGAAUUUUUGCCAAAAAGAUUCAAAUUCAAAAACUUCAAUUGUUAUAUCCGCACAUAAUGACCAAAUAGAAAUAGAAAACAAUAAUAACAUCAAAUUGAACCUAAGCAACGAAAUUAAAAACUAUAUAAAAAAUGAAAACGAUUUAACAGAAAAUAAUUUAAUAUUAGAAGAAAAGGUUAAGAAAUUAAAAAUAGAAAUUAAAAAUUUAAAAGAUAUAGAAAAGAAAAAAAAAGAAUUAGAAAUCCAAUUUGAAGAACUUGUAGAAAAUGAUAAAGCAAAUAAAAAACAAAUAAAUGAUUUAAAAAAUCAAAUAAAUAAUUUAAAUAAAAAAUUAAAUAUAGAAAAGGAAGAAAAUUUUAAAAUUAAAAAAGAUAAUUUUGAUCUAUCAACAGAAAACAACAAAUUUACAUUGACAAAUAAUAAGAAUAAAGAAAUACUAAAUAAAUAUAAAAAUGAAAUACAAAUACAACAAAACCAACUUGCCCAACUUAUGGAACAAAAUGAUAUUUCAAUUCAAAAUAAAAACAAAGAAAAAGAAACGGUAGAAAAAGAUAAUUUAAUAUUAAAAUUAAAUGAAAUAAUAACCUCAUUAAACAAACAAAAUGAACAAUUAAAAUCCUCAAUUACAAACCAAAAUGACUCCAUCAGUCAAUUGGUUUUAGAAAAUCAAAAUCUAAACCUACUAUCAAAUAAAAAACUAGACGACCAUUUACUUUUAUUUGACAAAUUUAGUGAUGAGUACGGUGAAAUUUUUGAUUUUAUUAAUAAUAUUUUAUAUAGAAAACCAAACCAAAAAGAAUCCCCCAAAGUAGAAGAAAUUAAACCAAAUAAAGAAUUUAAAACUCAGGUGGAAAAAUUUAAACAAAAAAUAUCAACCUAUAAACAAUUUUUAAGUUCAAAGAAAUCUAUACUUAGUGGUUUUAUACUAAAUAAUCUCAAACUAAAUAACCAAAUUAAAUUAUCAAACUUUCAGUUAAUAUUUAUUUUAGUUGGGUACAUUUUAUCAAUUAUUAUAAUUUUCAAAUUAUUUUCAUAA